AUGGCAUCGGAUACAAGCUCGUUUGAGCUGAAGGAGAAACAUGAGGGAUCUCCCCCUAACACAGGCAAUCACUCGGUCGAAACGGAGGACAACCCUAUGACUCUUAUCAAUGAGGUCGAUGUAGAGACUCUCACCAAAAUCGCCACGCAACGAUCUCGCCGCCAAUCGACCUGGGGAGGCGACACCUUAACCGCCCUUGCCCAACAAGAUUCCACCCUUGAUCCUCAAUCCGGUAAUUUCGACUUGCGAAAGUGGCUCAAGCUUGCUUUCAAAGAUCUCAGCCGUGAUGGCUCCCAGGGACACACCUCGGACGUGAUUUUCAAAAACCUCAACAUCUAUGGAUCUGGUGCUGCGUUGCAAUACCAAGAUACGGUUUCAUCCACGUUGUCCGCUCCACUGCGUAUUCCCCAGCUGUUUCGUGGCAACAAGUCGCCUCAAAGGCGAAUUCUGAAAGAUUUCAACGGCCUCAUGAAGAGUGGCGAGCUAUUGCUCGUUCUGGGUCGUCCCGGUGCUGGUUGCAGUACCCUCCUGAAGUCCAUUACUGGAGAGCUGCAUGGUCUGCAGAAGGAUUCGGAGAGUGAAAUCCACUAUAAUGGAAUUCCCCAGUCGCGCAUGAUCAAGGAAUUCAAGGGCGAACUGGUAUACAACCAAGAGGUUGAUCGACACUUCCCCCAUCUGACCGUGGGUCAAACCCUAGAGUUCGCCGCCUCAACCAGAACUCCCGCCCAUCGAUUCGAGGGCAUGUCCCGGGCGGAACACGCUCGUUAUGUGGCUCAGAUUACCAUGGCAGUCUUUGGACUCUCUCACACCUACAACACACGCGUCGGAGACGACUUUAUCCGUGGUGUCUCAGGUGGAGAGCGCAAGCGUGUCAGUAUUGCAGAGAUGGCUGUCGCCCAUGCUCCAAUCGCAGCUUGGGACAACUCCACCCGUGGUUUGGACUCGGCCACCGCAUUGAAGUUCGUCGAAGCUCUGCGUCUGUCUUCUGAUAUCACCGGAUCCACUCACGCAGUCGCCGCCUACCAAGCCAGUCAGAGCAUCUAUGACAUCUUUGAUAAGGUGAUCGUCCUAUAUGAAGGCCACCAGGUCUACUUUGGACCUGCUGCUGGUGCCAAAUCCUACUUUGAGGAACAGGGCUGGGUUUGCCCGGCUCGCCAGACCACUGGAGACUUCCUUACAUCGAUCACCAACCCCCAAGAGCGCCAGGCCAAGCCUGGCAUGGAAAACCGCGUUCCUCGCACGCCUCAGGAGUUCGAAGCCGCGUGGUUGAAAUCUCCUCAAUUUAACCAACUGCAGGCCCAGAUCGCCGAUUAUGAAUCAAAGAACCCCGUGGGCCAUGAUGCGCCUGCCGCUGCUCAGCUCCAGGAACGCAAGCGUGGUGCCCAGGCUAACCACACUCGGCCCAAGUCUCCUUAUAUUAUCAGUGUUCCCAUGCAGAUCAAGCUCAACACCGUUCGGGCGUAUCAACGACUUUGGAACGACGCCGCCUCGACAGUUUCUGUCAUUGUCACAAACAUCAUCAUGGCCCUCAUUAUUGGUUCUGUCUUCUACGGGACAACGGAUGCAACCGCCGGCUUCACGUCGAAGGGUGCCACCUUGUUCUUUGCCGUUCUCCUCAACGCUCUCACAGCCAUGUCCGAAAUCAACAAUCUUUACUCCCAACGCCCUAUCGUCGAGAAACACAACUCAUUCGCCUUUUAUCACCCCGCCACGGAAGCCAUUGCCGGUGUUCUUAGUGACAUUCCAGUCAAGUUUGCCCUUGCUGUUGUGUUCAACAUCAUCCUGUACUUCCUGUCUGGUUUGAGACGCGAGGCUGGUAACUUCUUCCUCUACUUCCUGAUCACGUUCGUUAUCACCUUUGUUAUGAGCGCAGUCUUCCGCACAUUGGCAGCUGUCACCAAAACAAUCUCGCAGGCAAUGGGUUUGGCAGGAGUUAUGAUUCUCGCUCUGGUUGUCUACACCGGUUUCGUCCUCCCCGUUCCGUCCAUGCACCCAUGGUUCGAAUGGAUCCACUACCUCAACCCUAUCUACUACGCCUUCGAGAUCCUGAUCGCAAACGAAUUCCACGGCCACGAAUUCCCUUGCUCGGCCUUCGUUCCCUCCUAUGCCGACUUGUCGGGCAGUGCAUUCAGUUGCUCGGCUGCUGGCUCGGAGCCCGGCUCGUUGACCGUCAAUGGUGACCGCUACAUCCAGCUGAACUACUCUUAUAGCUACAGUCACGUCUGGCGAAACUUCGGUAUCCUGAUCGCGUUCUUGGUCGGUUUCAUGAUCAUCUACUUUGUCGCUUGCGAAUUGAACUCCGCCACCACAAGCACCGCCGAGGCUCUUGUCUUCCGCCGUGGCCACGCUCCUCCCAGCAUGCAGAGCAACGGAUCUGAUGUCGAGAACUCCAAGGAAGGUGUUAUUGCUGAGCGCACGACCACCUCCGAUGAUAAGGGUAUGGGCGCUAUUCAGCCCCAGACUGACGUCUUCACCUGGCGCGAUGUGUCCUACGAUAUCGAGAUCAAGGGUGAACCCCGUCGACUUUUGGAUAAUGUUUCUGGAUGGGUCAAGCCCGGAACUCUGACUGCCCUGAUGGGUGUCAGUGGUGCCGGUAAGACCACUUUGCUCGAUGUCUUGGCUCACCGAACUUCCAUGGGUGUUAUCACCGGUGAUAUGUUUGUCAACGGUAAUGGACUUGAUGACAGUUUCCAGCGCAAGACUGGCUACGUCCAGCAGCAGGAUCUUCACCUUGACACAUCUACUGUGCGUGAAUCUCUUCGUUUCAGCGCCAUGCUGCGCCAGCCUGCUUCAGUCUCGAUCAAGGAAAAGCACGACUACGUCGAGGAUGUUAUCCGUAUGUUGAAGAUGGAGGAGUUCGCCGAGGCUAUCGUUGGUGUUCCCGGUGAGGGUUUGAAUGUCGAGCAGCGCAAGCUGUUGACUAUCGGUGUUGAAUUGGCUGCGAAGCCCAAGCUGCUUCUCUUCUUGGAUGAGCCUACCAGUGGUCUCGACUCUCAGAGCUCUUGGGCUAUCUGUUCUUUCCUUCGCAAGCUUGCUGAGCACGGCCAGGCUGUUCUCUGCACCAUCCAUCAACCCAGUGCCAUGCUCUUCCAGCAAUUCGAUCAGCUCUUGUUCCUUGCCCGCGGUGGUAAGACUGUCUACUUCGGUCCCGUUGGAGAAAACUCCGCCACCAUGCUCGACUACUUUGAGGCCAAGGGCGCACGCAAGUGUGCAGACGACGAGAACCCCGCCGAGUACAUGCUGGGUAUCGUCAACGCCGGCAAGAACCCCCAGGGCCAAGAUUGGUUCGACGUGUGGAAGCAGAGCGAGGAAUGCAAGGGAAUCCAAACCGAGAUCGAUCGCAUCCACGAAGAAAAGAAGGGCAAGACAGACCCUUCGGACGACAAGUCUGCCCACUCUGAAUUCGCCAUGCCUUUCUGGUUCCAGCUCUACCUCGUCACCUUCCGCGUCUUCCAGCAAUACUGGCGCAUGCCCUCCUACGUCCUGUCCAAGUGGGGUCUCGGUGUCGCCUCCGGCCUCUUCAUCGGUUUCUCCUUCUACCAAGCAAAGUCUUCCCUCCAGGGAAUGCAAACAAUCAUCUACUCCCUCUUCAUGAUCUGUACCAUCUUCUCGUCUCUGUCGCAGCAGAUCAUGCCAGUAUUCGUGACCCAACGCUCCCUCUACGAAGGCCGCGAACGCCCCAGCAAAUCCUACUCCUGGAAAGCCUUCCUCAUCGCCAACAUGGUCGUCGAAAUCCCCUACAUGAUCGUGAUGGGCGUGCUCACCUACGCCUGCUACUUCUACGCCGUAGUCGGCAUCCCGGAUUCCGCAACCCAAGGCACAGUCCUCCUCUUCUGCAUCGUCUUCUUCAUCUAUGCCAGCACCUUCACGCACAUGGUCAUCGCCGGUCUCCCCGACGAACAAACCGCCAGCGCCGUCGUCGUCCUCCUCUUCGCCAUGUCCCUGACUUUCUGCGGUGUCAUGCAGCCCCCCGACGCAUUCCCCGGCUUCUGGAUCUUCAUGUACCGCGCCUCGCCCUUCACAUACUGGGUCGGGGGUAUGGCUGGUGCCCAGCUCCACGACCGCCAGGUCGUCUGCUCCGCCGCCGAGACCUCCACUUUCAGCCCUCCUUCCGGCCAGACUUGCAUCCAGUAUAUGCAGAAGUACAUCAACGUCGCUGGUGGUCAGCUGCUCAACCCUGAUGCUACCAGCGAUUGCAGCUACUGCUCCCUGACCGUUGCCGACCAGUACCUGUCUACCUCCGGUAUCUACUAUUCCCAGAGAUGGCGCAACUUCGGUAUCAUGUGGGCGUUCAUUGCCUUCAAUGUGUUCAUGGCUGUUGUCAUGUAUUACCUUGUUCGUGUCAAGCGCUGGAAUUCCGCUGAUAUGAAGGCUUCCUUCCAGAAGCUCAUUCCUGGCAAGAAGGGCAAGAGUGCUAACUAA